AUGCAGCUGAAAAGAAGACUCCAAGAUCUUCUCUCACUGGAUGCCGGACCUCCUAUUCAAUUGCAAGGACCGGAUGGAGAUAGGCCGCUUCCCCAGCACAGAUGCCCUAGAAAUGGUGUGGCUUUAGUAGCCGGUAGCAGAUGGAAAAUUGGCAGGAACAUUGCACGCACCUCAACUGCAUCUUUGGAUGCCAUCAUUUCUACCAUGGCUACAGCUCAUUUCAACUCAAUUUCCCUCAGUCCUGCUCGAUGGAUCAAUGAUAUCAAGGCCUUUAUUUCCUGUGGGACUUGGCAGGGAUCUGGGUUCAAUCAUUUGGAGGACGCUGUUUUGCUCUGCUCUUGUUUGAUUAGCCAUGAGGUAGGCGUGUCUUUCAUGAUGAUGGUGAGCAAGAAUAAUCUUGCUGUGAAGACUCACAGUGCUGCAGGUCCUUACCAAAACCUCAAGGGCCUUGCUAGAUGUCCCACCGAGCGUGCAUUCUACCAGUGGGUCUUGACCGGCUGA